AUGAACAAGGGUGGAGCUCAACAGAAAGGUCAUUCGUCAAAGCAAGCUGAAAACAUAGUUUUAGUAGGCCGGACAGGGAAUGGAAAAAGUGCGACAGGUAACAGCCUCAUUGGAAAAAAGGUGUUUGCUUCAAAGGCACAUGCUUCUGGUGUGACCAUGAAAUGUCAGACACAUGGAGUUGUGACAAAAGAUGGUCACAAAAUCAAUGUGAUUGAUACUCCAGUGUCGGCUGAGUAUAUAAGUAAAGAGAUUGUUAGAUGUCUAACUCUAGCAGAAGGAGGGAUACAUGCUGUGCUCUUAGUUUUAUCUGCAAGGACUCGAAUUACUCAAGAGGAAGAGAACACACUUAGAACCUUACAGGCUCUAUUUGGGAGUCAAAUUCUUGAUUAUGUCGUCGUUGUUUUCACCGGUGGUGACGUGCUAGAAGAGUGCAAGGAGACACUAGAAGAUUAUUUGGGUAGAGAUUGCCCUACUUUCAUAAAGGAAGUGAUGAGGAUGUCUAGUAACCGAAAGGUUGUGAUCGAUAACAAGACUCAUGAUGAAGGCAAAAAAGCAGAGCAAGUCCAUAAGCUUCUCUCCCUAGUAGAUGAUAUCAGAAGGAGCAAGUGUGGAGAAGCAUAUACCGAUGAUACAUAUCAUAUGAUAAAGGAAGAGUCAGAGAAACUAAGGAAGCAUCAUGAGGAGCUGGAAUCAAAGAACUAUUCAGAAGAAUGUGCAGCUGAAAUGAAGAAUCAGUCACUUAUAUUGUAUAAGGAGAAUUUGAAACAAAUGUCAGAGCAGUUGGAGAAGAAGCUCAAAGAUGCUGCGGAGGCGCAAGAAAAAGCGCUAAGCAAGAUGACACAAGAAAACAACGAGCUGAACCUGGCGCUUAAGAUUCACAUCCCGUUGCCGCCAAUUACUCCAUGCAACAUUCUUUGAAAAAUGUCUUCUUUCUAACAAAGGGGUUUCUCAAGAAAUAUCAGUAACUAUUAUCGUCCAAAGGGAUUUUGGGUUGCCAUAAGAAGAUACAAUCAAGGAGGUUUUGUUUGUCAAAAUUUCAAAUGUUUUACCAAACCUUUCUGUUUUUUUUCCCAUUUUGUAUUUCAGAUUACAUGUUCUGUCCAAAACUAUAUUGUGGUUUCUUUUGUUGU